AUGGCGCGGCUGCUGGCGGUGCUGGUCGUGCUGCUGCGCGCGCUCCGCCCGCUGCCCUCCUCUGCGUCCGGCAACGGUUCCCUGGUUCGGUGCCCCCCCGAGAAGUUCCACUGUUCGGUUCUGCGCGACCCCCAAACCGACUGCUACCCCCUGGAGUGGCUCUGCGACGGUCAUCCCGACUGCGAUGAUGAACGGGACGAACUGGACUGCGGAGCGAUCGGGAGCACUGCGGUGCCCACCACUGGCGAUACGGAGGCUUCAUCUGUCCCUGCACCCGGGCAUGCUCUGCCGUCCAGGAAUCACGGCCGCAUGUGGAUGGUGAUCGUUGCAGUGCUCCUGAGCUGCCUGGUAGCUGUGGGUGGUAUCGCUGCAUGGGGGAAGUCCAAAGCAAAAAGCAGGUCUGACAUCUUCAGUCUCGAAAAUGCCUCCAGGGAGCAGUUGGUGCCUGACAAGAGCCAGGCAGACCUGUUCUCCUGACAGGGAUCUUCCUCUGUGAGGUGGUAAGAUGGGACUGACCUGCUCUCCCUGCUGCUCACCAUGGAAGCUGGCUGAAUUUGGACGUGAAUCUGAUUUGCUGUUGUACUCGGAUCUCCCAUUGGAAAUGAGUCUUAGAUGGUAGCACUAUGGGACUCGAAACAGGACAGGACCUUCCCCAGUGCUGUGAAGUCACCCCUCCUGCAGAUCACAGAAAUUCCCUCUUUUUGCCUGCAAGGAUUAUUAAUGCUGCUUCUCUUCACCAUGGCCUUCAACCUGUAGGUUUAAUUCUCCAUGAAGGUGCAGUGCCAGGUGCUGCUCUGCCACCCCUCUCAGCAGAGCUCACUGAACCCACACACAUCAGCUGUGCGCUCCCUGAGCCUCCUUUUGCUGGAGGUUUUGAGUGUUUGGAGUCUUGCUUUCAGCUUGAAAUAACGAGUUCCUUGGGUCAAAUGCUGUGAGAGCUCUGCUUUGUGAGCUCUGCUUUGUGGUUGUUUCUGCAUGGCUCUGUGCUGUGCUCUUUGUGUAACUGACAGUGUUGGAGUUGUUGUGUCACCCAGCAGCAGCUCAGCACCACGCAGCCCCUCCUUCCCAGCAGGAGAAGGGGAAAAAAGAAAAAAGAAAGUAAUUAAUUUAUAUAUAUUUACAAAACAAAUGCUGCACGAUGAGUUGCUCAACACCUGCUGGCUGGUGCCCAGCUGGAGCAGAGUGUUAGCAGUGUUCUUUAUCUCCUUUAUUCCCCAAAGCACAGCACCACAUCAGACACUGAGAAAGCCGCCCUGUCCCAGCUGAAAUCAGGACAAGAGAUCCCUGACCUGUGCCUCUAAUUCAGUGCUGAUCUCUGUUCCAUGUGCUCCUUGCCAAGGGCUCAGUGAGUGCACAGAAGACACAGAGCUGCUCUGUGCUGCUGGGCUGAGCAAAGCUGCCCGUCGGUCCCAGAGCAGGGCAUUCUGCUCUUGUUGUAGCAUGUAAGUGUGCAGCUGUCACCCACGGAGCAGCUGGGCACGUUGCAGCAUCAGUAUUUGUUGCACCAAGAGGUUGUAUGUGUGACCUUGCCCCUGUUCCCAUGGGGACAAGCAGAGGUGGCUGUUGGGGAAGGAUAUGGGAGAAUAAAGAAUGGGAAGCUGGAAUGA